UGGGCUUCGCUCUCCUCCGCCCCUGGCGUGCCCUCCCCGUCGCUCUGACAUCGGCUCUAUUUCCACUUCUCCCAUGGCCGGGGAGGGAGCAGGCCGCAGCUAAUCUACCCAGCUCCGUUUUCUCAAAGGAAAAGGUCUUGUCCUCUCCAGCACUGGAUUUCUGGCACGGAUCUAGACAGUCGGCCGGGUCAGGGUUCCCCGCAAGAGCGCCGAGAGAGCCGUUUGGUCCACUCCAGUGGGGUGUUCCAUCCCUGGCGUCGUUUCAUGCAAACGCCUCCCUAAUUUCCACAAUGCUCCUCUACGGUUUCCAAAGAGGUGGAGCCGCUGCUUAGUUCCCGUUCCAGCGAUCGGUUUCCGUUGCUACAGCGCAAUAUCACGUCGUCCGUGGCAGACAGGCCACGGGAAGAUGAGUGCCAACAGCACCCUCCUGGACCGGAUCAUUUUCCACCCAACUCUGUGCGACCAAUGGAAGUUCUUUUCCGAAGGAGCGACCUACCACCUGGGCGGCUGCAUCUUCCUCCUGGGAUUCAUGGGAGGCAGCGGCACCUACGGCACCAUCUACAUCUUCGGCUUCAUGGCCACCGGCUUCCUCUGCUGGGCACUCUGGGGGUGGCUGGACGCCUGCGGAGUCGACAUCUUCACCUGGAACCUGCUCCUGGUGCUGAUCUGCGCGCUCCAGCUAGCACACCUUGUCUACCAGCUCCGGAAGGACACGGUGUCUGAAGACUUCCAGCAGCUCUACAAGCAAGUGUGUCAACCGCUCCAGGUGCCCCUCCAGGUGUACAAAGAGAUUGUCAAGUGCUGCGAGGAGCGGGUGCUGCCCUUGGCCAGAGACCAGACCUACGCCGUGGAGGGCAAGACGGCCAUCGAUCGCCUGUCCCUCUUGCUGUCGGGCAGGGUCAGAGUAAGCCAGGACGGGCAGUUUCUGCACUACAUCUUCCCGUAUCAGUUCCUGGAUUCUCCAGAGUGGGAAUCGCUGCGGCCGUCUGAAGAAGGAACAUUUCAGGUCACCUUGACAGCCGAGACGGACUGCAGCUUCGUCACUUGGCCGCGGAGGCAGCUCUACUCGUUGCUGGCCAGAGAGCGUUACAUCGCCCGUCUCUUCUCGGUCCUCCUCGGCUACGACAUCUCCGAGAAGCUGUACGCCUUGAACGAAAAGCUUUUCGCCAAGUUCGGCCUCCGCUUCGACAUCCGUCUGCCCAGCCUCUACCACGUCCUGGGGCCCGCCUCUUCAGACGCCGAGGUGGAGCAAGAGCCAGCUGAGCCCGAGGAGCCGCCCGUGCCCUCACGCCCGCCGACCUUUGUCCAGACAGCCUCCCCGGCCUCUGGCGCACCUCCUCCCACUGCCCCCCCGGCCCUUGUCAGGAAACCUCGGCCUGACAGUGACCUGUCCGCCUCCGGAAGCCUCCCAAGAAACAAUCGCCAGGCCCUCGCCAAAGGGCGAGCCCCGCUGGCUCCCACUCAGACCCCAGAACUCUAGGGAAUGACCACUUGGGACUGCAAAGGCCGCCCCCGCACAACCAGUCGCCCAUGUCUGAUCCAAACAGUGUUCAUUAUUCGUGUGUCAGUGUGUGCGUUUCACAGACACCUGCAUGACACUCUUUGAAGCACCUGCAUGAGACCGGCGUGUGUUGGUAGGACACCUUCCCACAGCUUGUGGAUCGGCACCGGCUUUCUCGGCGAGUCUGUAUUCUCGAACACUUGGCACGGGGUUCUGUCAUUAAACGUCGUGGAAAGACAAUGGUGUAGCUAGUCAAAGGUCCUGGCUCUCUGCUCAGGGCCUGUCAGUUCAGCGUUUCCCAAACUGUGGCCUGGGAGGGUACUCUUGGGGGGGGGGGUUGUCCGUGAAAUCUGUCUGAGCAUCUCACCUGAACGGGGCUGACCAUCUAACUGGAAAAGAUGCUCACCUUUAGGGCUCUGUCUGCUGCGGUAGACAGUGGCAGUCACUGAGCAGAAAUGUGGAAGACACUGGCCAAGAUGGCCGCUAUGGCCUCGGACCUCUCACGAGAGGGACGGAGACCGCCACAGGUCAUGUGUGUCUUGUUGGGAACACUUUUGAAAGGGCCAGGAAGAAGCGGAGGUUGGCCAUGUCCUGCCUCCUGGAUGGAGAAGUGCCUGUGGAGGCAGCGAGGGGGAGAAAGGGGCUCCAUUUCUGAGGCAAAGGGGCUUUCCGGUGAACGGCCGGCACCAGCAAGGGAGGAGUGUGGGGAGGGGCUUUAGGGGUCUGUGGAAACGUUCAAAUCAAAAUGGAAGGCAUUGGGUUGCUAGCAUUGGAGAAAUCGGUAGUAGUUCUCCCUUCAUGAAACAGCACACACAGGCAUGCAAAAAUAAAAUAUCUCCACAUCUCCUGUUUCACUGGAUGAAAGAGAAUUGGGCACAUCAUGGCUACUGCAGAUUGCAUGUUGUGGGGGUAAUACUUAGAAGCAGGGGUCAUUUCCUGCAGGAGCGCACAGGAACGGAGCUCCGGCAGUAAAGAUCCC